AUGGGCUCUUUUCUGCUCGGUGAGCUGUGCCGCCUGGGGGCGCUGGCCGGGGCGUGCGCGGUGCCCGCGGCGCUGAGCCUGGUGGCGCUGCUGGUGGAGUACGGGGCGCGCCGCCCCCACGAGGCGGGGGCGACGCCGCUGUGGGCGCCGCUGCUGCGGCUGGCGGCGGGGCAGGCGGGCGCCGUGGCCGUGGCCGGCUGGGUGUGGCUGUGCUCGCCGCCGCCCUGCCGCUCGCUGCGCGCCUGGCGCCGCCUCCAGCCGUGCAAGCAGCCGCCGCCCGCCUCCGCCGCCCCCGCGCCGCCGCCGCACCCGCCGCCGCUCUAUUACCAGCCAGCGGCGCUGGCCCGGCCGCCCUACCAGCACGCCGCGCCCUCCACCACCGCGCAGCUGGUGCACCUGCAGCACAGCGCCGCCCACGCCGCCCAGCCGCUGCUGCCCGCCACCCUGGGCCAGCACCAGCCGCUGCUGCUGCCCGCUGGCCCCGCCGCCCACGUCCACGGCGGCCACAAGCCGGCGCGCAAGCACCGCUCUUCCAAACACACCAAGCACGGCAGUGAGACCACUGUCUGA